GCGAUCCAGAGAGCCCAAGAGCAAGAGAGCUAGAGAGCGAGCGGCUGGCGCUUGCCCGGCGCCUCCCCUCCGCCCAGCCGCGCGCCCCGCUCGCUUCUCCACCCACUCCCGGCCCUGCCCGGCCCCGGCGCGGCCACAGCCCCGAGCUCUAGGGCGGCGCAGGCAGGCUCGGGAUUCUCCGGCGCGCCGCCGCGUCCCCAGACAAAGGCUUGGCCGGCGGCCCCGGCCCGCUGCGCCCUCGGCUCCUCGCCUCCCGGGCUCGCCGCUCUUUGCCCCGGCUCCCGGCUCGGCGCGUCCCGGCCGGCCGCAAAGUUUCCCGGGCGGCGGCGGCGGCUGCGCCUCGCGUCAGGGAUGGCCGCGGAGCUGAGCAUGGGGCCCGAGCUGCCCACCAGCCCGCUGGCCAUGGAGUACGUCAACGACUUCGACCUGCUCAAGUUCGACGUAAAGAAGGAGCCGCUGGGGCGCGCGGAGCGCCCGGGCCGGCCCUGCACGCGCCUGCAGCCAGCCGGCUCGGUGUCGUCCACACCGCUCAGCACGCCGUGCAGCUCGGUGCCCUCGUCGCCCAGCUUCAGCCCCACCGAACAGAAGACUCACCUUGAGGACCUGUACUGGAUGGCGAGCAACUACCAGCAGAUGAACCCCGAGGCGCUCAACCUGACGCCCGAGGACGCGGUGGAGGCGCUCAUAGGCUCGCACCCAGUGCCCCAGCCGUUGCAGAGCUUCGACGGCUUCCGCGGCGCGCACCACCACCAUCACCACCACCACCCACAUCCACACCACGCGUACCCCGGCCCCGGAGUGGCUCACGAAGAGCUGGGCCCGCACGCGCACCCGCACCAUCACCACCACCACCAAGCGUCGCCGCCGCCGUCCAGCGCGGCCAGUCCCGCGCAGCAGCUGCCCACUAGCCACGCCGGGCCUGGCCCGCACUCGGCGGCCGCGGCGACGGCGGCUGGUGGUAGCGGCAGCGUGGAGGACCGCUUCUCCGACGACCAGCUCGUGUCCAUGUCCGUGCGCGAGCUGAACCGCCACCUGCGGGGCUUCACCAAGGACGAGGUGAUCCGCCUGAAGCAGAAGCGGCGGACCCUGAAGAACCGGGGCUACGCCCAGUCGUGCAGGUAUAAACGCGUCCAGCAGAAACACCACCUGGAGAAUGAGAAGACGCAGCUCAUUCAGCAGGUGGAGCAGCUUAAGCAGGAGGUGUCCCGGCUGGCCCGCGAAAGAGACGCCUACAAGGUCAAGUGCGAGAAACUCGCCAACUCCGGCUUCAGGGAGGCGGGCUCCACCAGCGACAGCCCCUCCUCUCCCGAGUUCUUUCUGUGAGUCGUGGCCGCUCCCGGCCCCCGCCCUUGCCCCGGGCGGACUCCCCCGUCCCGUAUCCCCAGCCCCGGACUCCCCCGGACCCUGUCCCUGCCACGGCCCCAGCCUUGACCUGUUCGACUAGAGGGAGGAAGGGCGCGCGGGACGCGGGCGACGGGAGGGCGCGCGGGCAGGCAGGGGACCUUGGCCAAAUCGAGCGCGGCGCGCGCCAGCGCCGCCUCCUAGACUCGAGCAGAGCCAGAGAGAGGCGAGGGGGUGGGAAGUCCCAGAGCAACUUUUCUCCAGGCUGGAGGGCGGCAAGGCAUAGUCGCGAGGAGUCGCCAAGGCCGUCUGGAGACUCCUGGCUUCCUGAACUUUUGCGCGUUAAGCCGGGGCAGCUGCCUCGCAGUCCGGAGCGUAAUCCAGCCCAGCAACAGAGCAGCGAGGAGAGGAAAGGAGAAGGGACCCUGGCGGCCCGUUCCGGCAGGCGCGAGGCGAGGCUGAGCGAAGGAAAGACAGAGGCGGACCUCUCUGUCCAGGGUCCGGAGAACACUGGCUUUCAGCCCGGAGACGCGGGCCUCAGUUAGGACGUUCUGCGCGCAAAUCUCAUCAAUUUUAUUGCCUGCUCGAUUAUAUAGAAAAAAAUACGAAAAUCUGCAUUAAAAAUAUUAAUCCUGCAUGCUGGACAUGUAUGGUAAUAAUUUCUAUUUUGUACCAUUUUUCUUGUUUAACUUUAGCAUGUUGUUGAUCAUGGAUCAUAACCCCCUUGUUUUCUUUGGGUGAGAAGGAUCGCAGUUCGGAAACUCCGGCGGGCGGCCGCUUGUCCGGUUGCAGUCUAUCGGCUGUCGGCUUGUAAAUACCCGCCCCGCCAAACCGCUUAGAGAACGUGGCAGCAAGUGGAGUGUCUUUGUUUGGGUUUAUUAUUACGGCAUUUUUUUGUUUUGUAAGUAAAAAAACAAAAGUUCUGGGUAUUUGCAUCAGAAAACAACUUUGUCUUGGGGCACCCUUGGAAGUUGCAUGUUUUCUCCCCCUCCCCCACCCUCUUUGGUCCUUCCUUCCUCCCGGUCUGUUUGACUUUUCAAUUUUGUUUUUGAUGGGAGAAAGAGGACUGGGGUCCCAGUUCCUGAGUGCCAGGGCAGGGCAAUUGCUGAGUACCAGUGUGUGCAGAGUUUCACACUCGGGAGGUGCAGGAGUGCCCUCCUGUCAGCUGGUCUUAGGGCUCAAUUGACACCCCUAACAAGAAAAGGAAGGAAAGCAGGUCUUGUUUGCCUUUUAUUGCAACCAGAAUCACUCCCAGGGUCCCCACGACACCCUCCAGGCCGGCACUCAUUGCUGGGGCCAAAGAGCUCCUAGGGCUACCGGCUUCACCAGCCCAGACAGCCCAACUUAUGCUGAACCAACCGCCACACUCAGAAAGUACUAGAAACCCCAACAUUGGCAAGACAUUUUGCAACUUUCAAGUGCGUUCUUUAGAUCUAUAUGUUAUGUGUGUUUUCUUUCCCUGCUUUGGAGAUGGCGGGCGGAUUAUUGGUGGUAUAACCCCUCCCCUACCCCUUCAGUUGUAUAGUAGUUAUAGGGAAGAUCUGGGUGUUUUUCUUUAUUAUUACUUUUUUUCUCCCCUGCAGGUCAGUAAGAGGAUUUAAGUUGCACUGACAAAAAUACCAAAAUGAAAGCGUAUUUUUUAGUUCUCAUUUGAAAUUGCUGGCGCUGCUGGCCGGAUGCAUUUUUGAGUUUGUAUUAGUUGAUAAAUUAACAGUAAUAACAAGAUUGUAUGAACCGCAUGGUGCUUGCAGUUUUAAAUAUUGUGGAUAUUUGUCCUGCAUUGGAAACGAGCUUUGGUUUUUACAGAUUCAACUGUGUUGAAAUCAAAUUUGCCACAACAGAAAUUGUUUUUAUUUCAUGUACAAUAAGGGAUCAAUUUCAAACCCUGCUUAUGAUAUGAAAAUAUUAAAACCUAGUCUAUUGUAGUUUUAUUCAGACUGGUUUCUGUUUUUUGGUUAUUAAAAUGGUUUCCUAUUUUGCUUAUUAAAACCAUGGAAAUGGUGUUUAUUUAGAGGAUUCUGCGUUCGCCUGACUUUUCUUCUCUUGCCUCUUCAAGAGUUGACCCAAUUUGAGGGGCACUCUCACCCCUCCCUUGGCCAGUGGAGAAAUAGCCCAAGUCUGGGCAGACCUCUCUGUUGAGUGUGUGAGUGUGUAUGUACCUGAGCCUUAAAUGUGUUUCUGCUUCUCACCCUAGGUACCGACACCGGUCAGGAGCCGGUGUUCGUGAGCAGAGAGGGGGCACGUGCCACUUUGGUGGAGCUUUCAGGCUUGGGCACCAGGAUUGGUCUACUAGUCUGCUGGUUCUGAGGUUGGCCAAAACCAGGAAGCUGGGAGUUGUCACCCUGAUGGGGAAACAGGAGCACAGACACAGACACAACCCAGCGACCGAUGUCAUCACAGUGGCUGCAAAACAACGCGGUGGCUCAGGCCGGUGUAGAGUGGCCAAGUGCGUCUCUGAGAAGCUGACAGUCCCACGACACAGUCCUAGUGACACACUGACACACAGAUACACAGACAUUCCCAUCUCGCAUCCACACUGAUGCCAUCGCAGACGUUAUAACUCCCUACGCCACCGAGCAUUGGAGCACCUACCGGCCCGGGCGCACGCAGGCGAAAGCCGGGCAGAGCGGGCAGCGCGCCGGAGGAGCCCGGGACCUCGGGAGCCUCCAGGGCGGGCUCGUCCAGCAGGCAAGUCCCGGCCCGCCGCCUCGACGCAGACCCGGCGCCCAGAUGCUCGGGAAAGCAAUCGGUUCCCGACGUCCCUCGCCUCGUCCCUCCCGGCGGCGCCUUGCGGACCGGAGGCUCCUUGCGGUUCCCACCACUCCCCGCCACCCGCGGGCUCCUCGCGACCCUCCG